UCCUCGGCAAGCACCGACGCUCAGCGGACGUUCCCUGGAGAAUCGGGGUCUCCCCCUGUACAAACACCGCCGUUGUUUCUAGAUGGUCGAGCAUUUGUGAUAAAGCAAGACAAGAUGAUGAUCUCCCCGUGGGACCGCUGGUACUCCACAAGCUGCUGUCUGUGCUGCCAUGUCCGCACAGGAACCAUCAUCCUGGGGGUCUGGUACAUGCUCAUCAAUGCCGUGGUGUUACUCAUCCUGCUCACAGCACUCAGUGAUCCUGAACAGUAUCACCUGACCAGUGCUGAGUUGGCUAAUGACCUGGACGUCAUGGAUGAUGCCAACAUGUGCAUUGCCUCAGCCAUCUCUCUGCUGAUGAUUCUUAUAUGUGGGAUGGCAACAUAUGGUGCAUACAAGCUGCGUGCUGCUUGGAUCAUCCCAUUUUUCUGCUACCAAAUAUUUGACUUUGCUCUCAACACCCUGGUUGCUGUGAGCAUUGUGGUUUACCCAAACACGAUACAGGACUACCUGCAGCAACUGCCUGAUAACUUCCCCUACAAAGAGGAGAUUGCCGCCCUCAGUAAUGUGUGCUUGGUCCUCAUGGUGUUGCUCUUCAUUGGCUGUAUUCUCAGCUUCAAGGCUUACCUCAUAGCAUGUGUGUGGAACUGCUACAGAUAUGUGAAUGGCCGGGGUACUUCUGAAAUCCUGCUCUAUGUUACAACCAAUGACACCACGGUUCUGCUACCUCCAUACGAUGACAGUCUCAGUGUCCCUCCCAAGCACCCUCCUCCACCCUACACCACUGCCACAGCAUGAAAACAUUGCCAGGAUGCUGCCGACUGGAACCUGUUGUCAAUGAAACCCCAGCAGAAUUUAUGCACCUCACUGCCUCUCCGGUGUACAGUAUAUUCAUGGAUAUAUUGGAGCUACACACACAUUACAGUACAUCCAUGCAUGCACACAUAUGCACGUGCACACACAACAAUCACCACCGUGACCUCUCGCCCCUCCCUGUUAUUUAUUGGUGAACUUGUAUUCUUCCUAUAACUCUCCCAUGUAUCCUCUCUGUCUCUGUCGGUAUAACUCCAGAAAUGAUUCAUGCAUUUGAAACUGGGUGAAGUAACAUAUGAAAGCACUAGAAAGUUUGAUAGAUAGAUUACAUAUAUUUUUAUGCUCUGUGUGUACUUGUGAUAAUAUUUUGUGAGUCCUAACUUUGAUAUUCAUAUUUAACUUAUGCAGAAAUGUUAUUCUUGCCCUCAGUAAUGAGUGAAGAGUCAUCAUGUGUUUCCUGUUUGUCGUGUCUCUGCUCGUGAUCAGGGUUGAAUUGCCUUCAUUCAUAACUUUCUCUCUGAUGGGGUGCACUUUAUAGACCUGAGUGUAAAGUGUUACCUUGACUGGAAGUUCUCCCAAAGAAAUGAAUCUGCCUGUAUUUUGACAUGGUCCUAGAGCAGCCUAGUCUAUAUCGAACAUAUCACCUUCUUUUACUGUUUUAUUCACCUGCGGACUGAGUUGUCGUCUGUUGUGAAAAUCAGGAGUGUUGGGCUGUGCUGGUUGGCCCUCCUAACUUUUAAAUGUAACUGUGUGUUUCUACUGACUGACAAGAAAUGUCUUGAGCUGCUAUUUAUCUAUUUUGACAGCACAGAAGUAACACUGAUCCGGAAUCAGUUUGCUCUUUGAAGUUACUAUGAGUGAGUUGCUCGAGGGAACGUGUUGCAAUGACUCUAGAUCGGGCCUCUCUACAUUUAGGGGCUCAGUAAAUAUGGACCCUGGUUGUGUUUUUUCAAUUAAGCCAAUGGGAGCGUCUGGUCUGUGUAAACACAUGAGUCUAUUCCACCAGAUGCACUUAUAUUGGCGAGCUGCUCUCUGGACACAAAAUGCCCUGCAAGGACACAGAAGUCAAAGUUGAAGACUGCUGCUGAAUGAAAAAUAAAGAUGUGACAUUUAUUUGUCUAUUAAAAUCCA